AUGAAGACCGAUUAUAUAGUCGGUGUGGCCUCCAUCGGGAGUGCUCUUGUCAUUGUGAGCUCCCUUCUCGUGGUGGGCACCCUUUUCCAAGACAUCAACUCCCUCUACGAUGACUUUAUGGUGGAGAUGGUGGAGUUCCGCGACAUCGCCGACGAGACCUGGAUGGGCAUCAUGGCCGCUCAGCGUCACUCAGCCAAGCCCGCCAGCCGUCUUGUGCGUUCGCCCAGCUUCAAAGAGACUGUGGGCGUCAUAAUGGGAAGGAAUAAGAGGAAUGCGGAGUGUGCCUGUCAAAAGCCGGUCAACAAUAACUGCCCUGCUGGACCACCUGGCCCACCCGGUCAGCCCGGUCCGGAUGGAGUGCCCGGAGUUCCUGGACCUGACGGACAAAAUGGUCCAAGUGGAGCUGAAUGGUUCGUGCAAGAUGCCACCAAAGAGUGUAUCAAAUGCCCCGCCGGAGAGCCCGGCCCAGCCGGAAUUCCCGGACCCGUGGGACCUCCCGGCCCUGCCGGUGCCCCAGGACAACCAGGAGCGCCAGGAAAAUCGCAACCACCCGGACCACCAGGACCUGAAGGAGCGCCAGGACCAGCCGGAUAUCCAGGACAGCCCGGAGAAAGAGGUCAACCCGGAGAGAACGGGAAGAGAGGACACGGACCCCCAGGCCCUAAGGGACCGGUCGGACCAGCUGGUGAGGCCGGAUAUCCAGGAGUUAAUGGGGUGCCCGGACGUGAUGGAGCGCCCGGUGCAGCCGGUCAGCCCGGCCCUCAAGGAGAGAGUGGUGCGCCUGGUGCACCCGGGGUUGAUGGAUUCGAAGGAGGCCCUGGAGUCCCCGGCCCUGAUGCUGCUUAUUGUCCAUGCCCUGGCCGCACUCUUCCAGUGGCCAGCCCGGCCGUGGAACGUCAGCCACCAGCUCAGCAGCCCAAGCAGACCUACAGACGGUACUAA